AGAGUUUUAUAAAAGUGGUCGCUAGCUUCUCUGUAACAUUAGCCGUUGCUUCCUCUGUUCGAAUCCACAGCAAGAGAAGAAGCAGAGACAUGAAAGCCCCUUCUUCUCUUUUCCUCAAAGGCCACGUCUUUCCUUCCUCUUUUUUUCUCCUCACAAACACCCAACGGACACCUAAUGUAAAAAUGCACCCCAUGUUGUACUUAUGUAAAGCCAUCCAAACUAAUUCAUAUGAAAUUUCCAAUGGAAGCUAUCAUCCUACUGUUCAACACCCAACAGAAAAAAAUACGAUGGAGAAGCCAUCUAGGAAAACUGAAUCUAUUGGGGCAUUUCAAAAGUUGCCCAUAGUGAUGCCAUCAAUUGACAUUCUAGGAUCCGCAUUGAGAAAGGCGAGGAAGGUUUCUCCAACGAAAGGAAUUGCCAACAUUGCGAAAAGGGAGAAAAACAAGGGUGCAAAGCAACUUGAUGCAUUGAUGAAAGAAAUUGCUGUCCCCUUGAGGACCUAUGUGCAGAGUUUUCCUAACAAAACAAAUCUUCAUCCUUAUGAAAGAUCUCUGAUUGAGCUUACUCUUGGAGAUGGAUACUAUGAAAUGGUGCUACAGAAGGUAGAUGGUUUAAGGAAGAGAGUAGUAUCUGUUGGAAAGGAACAUGCUUCACUUUGUGCUAAGUCUUCAUCAAAGCGAGAAGCAGAGGAAAGGUUGAGUGAGGGUCUUAAGAAAAUUGAAGAGGUUUUUGCUCAAGAAAGAAAAGUUGUUGAUGAUUUGUUAGACAUAGCUAAGACUCUCAGAGCAAUGCCAGUAAUCAAUUUGGAAAUGCCAACUCUGUGUCUUGUUGGAGCUCCUAAUGUAGGCAAAUCUUCUUUGGUCCAUGUACUCUCUACAGGCAAGCCUGAGAUUUGUAACUAUCCCUUCACAACAAGAGGAAUUCUUAUGGGUCAUAUUAUUUUUAACAUUACGAAGUUUCAGGUUACAGAUACUCCGGGCCUGCUGAGGAGGCAUGAUGAGGACAGGAAUAAUUUAGAAAAGUUGACUCUGGCCGUCCUUUCACACCUGCCAACAGCAGUUUUGUAUGUCCAUGACCUUUCGGGGGAGUGUGGGACCUCACCUUCCGAUCAGUUUUCAAUAUACAAAGAACUCAGAGAAAGGUUCACUGGGCAUUUAUGGGUUGAUGUCGUGUCAAAAUGUGAUCUGUUGAAGACUUCUCCUGUGGUCUAUGCAACAGAUGAGCCGCAUCCCUUACAAUCUGAGCUUGAGAACUACCGGAAAUCAGGUCCUGAUGGAGCUAUUAAUGUAUCUGUGAAAACACGAGAAGGGCUACUUGAGUUGAAGCAGAGAGUGCAUGAACUGCUUAAUUUACAGAUGGAGAAGAUAAUAGAUACAACUAAAAGCCAGGAGAACUGAGAAGUGCCACUCCAGUAAGCUAUGUGGCCAGUCUAAACAUGAAGAGAAGCAAAGGCUUCAUUACUUCUCUUCAAGCAAUUCAGCAUUGUACAGUAUUUGAGUGGUAGGCUCAGCCUAGGAAUUUUCCAGAAAAUGUUUGGUGGGGAAGAUCAUGUUCCCAUAUUGAACCUUCUUGAAGAAACAAGAAAUGGUUUUUUUUAUCAAUUUUCCAGUCCUUUAGUUCUUAUUGCCUGCAAGCUUGAUGUAUCUUAACAUUUUAAGGCCCUAUCGUAAGAAGUCAUCAUAAAUUGGUUAAUGUUAAAAUCUGACUUGAUAUAGUAA